AUGAAAGGAAAAGGAAAAGAAAUCAAAGAUACUUCGCCUCAGAUUACGAACGGCAAGAUUAAUGCAAAGACAACCACCACAACUGCAGCUGCUAACCGACCACUGCUCACAACUGUAACAAACAUGGAACUGCUAGCUCAAAAAGCUUCAUUUGCACUGAGUCUGCCACCCACCAAAUCAACUGGCUCUCCAUCAACCUCAACGGCUAUAGCACCCACCUCUACAUGCACCACUCUACCGGUAGCCGAUGCCAACGUCAACGCCGAACCUCUUUCCACUUCCAAUCCUAUUGCUACCUCUGUUCUACCUGCUCCGAAAUUGCCGCCUUCAUAUCCAUUCAUCGAAGAGUUUACCCGUAAAGUCAAGGCUCUUCCCAGAUCAAUUCCGACUGCACCGAAGACCCACGUAUUAGCACAAUAUGCUGGGUAUACAGAGCAACCUCAAAAUCUGACCAAGGACAUUCCGGAUGAAGACCUUUGGAAGGAAUUUGACACCGGCCUGACGAACCUCAUACCAAAUGGAGCCGUAGAGACUAGGACACACCUCGUUAUGCGUGGCAAGUAUGGACUCGCUGGCCUUGUAGGGCUGGUACGGCACCUCGCAUAUGAUCGUCGAAUGGAUUGCGUGGUGUUGGAGCCAAAGCUCGAGCGCCUUAUCCAGGCUAUUGAUGUGGUUACUGCUCGUGCUGGCGCCAAACAACCUAACAAGACAGCAACAGCACAAAAGAAGAAGCGAUUCCAAAUUCCCAUCAAUCCCAUAUCCCCCAAGCAUGUUACAGUGUUACUCCCUUGUCGUGUUGUUACUAAUGCUCAUUUCAGAUGGCUGUACGUGGCAGACUGGCAAAACUUGUCCGAAAACAAGGGCAAGUCAGCAGAUGACUUUGAAGCACAUUGGGCAGAGUUCGAAAAGCAGAACAAGGACGAGCUUGAGCGAUAUAAACAGUUAUCGAGGGAAAAGAACUCAGAGGCAAGUUUGUUCUAA